AUGGCCACCAGCCCUUCUGCGAAUGACACCUCUCCUUCCUCACCUAAGAAGAAUCCCGACAUGAUUGCCACCGAUGCCUCUCCCAAGCAACUUGACGAGAUGAAGCUCCUGAUAGAUGUCUGGGCGAUUUCAACGAUGCAAGAAACAAAACUCAAGGAACUCGAAUCCAAAGGAAUCGUUCCUCCUCGCAAGCUGGCCAACUGGAGGCCGGCGUCUGCUCUCAAGUUCUUCGUGAAAAACAAAGACGCUCUUCUUAAUGACUCAAUGAACAUUAUUGAGAAAAAGGACAAAUAUUUGGAAGACCUCAGAGGCACUUUGGAGAAAGCAAAAGCAGACCAAAAUGCCAUGGCUGCCGAACAGGACGCCACGGUCACAGCGCUUCAGAAGCUGAGGGACCAAACCCUCGACCGCAUGAACCAGUCGGCCUCCAUAAGUGCCGAGACGAUGCUUGGUCUCCUCAAGUGCUACAACCCCAAUCUUGACACGUCAGUAGUCAUGGUGGGGUUCGGGUUUUCAGCAGAGGAGGCAGCAAAUAUUAUUCAAAACAUCAAACCUCUAAUUCAUGCCUUUGUCGAGUCCUUAGCGCUCAGGCUACCUGAUGAUGAAAGCGAGGGCAGUAGUUGCCAUUCGGCCGAAAUGUUGGACCAUAUCCAGGCUCUGCUUGUUGCACUUGACCGCUACACGUUGAUCUCCCUUGAUGGUUAUGACCCUUUUAGGACCUGGGAUCUUGAUUACCUGUUGUCAGGCUCGUCAAACAUUAUUGUCAACUCAAUCUGGCCAAGGGGCAUGGUUGAUGAGUUUGGAGUUAUAACAUGGAAAGGCUCAGCUCCUGUUUUGAGCUCCGACCUUUGGAUCCUCACCAUGUCUAAUGUCUUGGUGAAGAUGAUGUUGAGCGAGCUACCCCCGUCGACCAAGGAUCCUAGUCGAGGUGCCCCACCUCGCGGUAUGCAUCCAAGGGUGAAGGCGCUACUGGCCAUCAGGGCGGCGCUGCAGGACCCGCACAGGGUUCUCCGUGACUGGGACGCCACGUCCGGCGACGACCCAUGCAUCUGGCCCAUGGUCACCUGCUACGAGGGCCAAGUUUACAAGCUGUUUCUGGCGCACCAAAACCUGUCCGGCAGACUGUCGCCGGCGAUCGGGAGACUCAGCUCGCUGCGAUACCUGUCUUUAUCCCACAAUGAAAUUUCUGGCCCUAUCCCUGACAUCAUAGGCAGGAUGCAGCAGCUGCGAAGACUUGACCUGUCAAACAAUCGGUUCAGUGGAAGCAUCCCAAGUACACUGGGUGACCUUGCGAACCUCCAGUAUUUGAAAUUCAACAAUAACAGCUUAUCUGGACCUAUACCUGAUUCGCUAGCCACUGCUCGCGUGAUCUUGAGCCUGGAUCUUUCCUUUAACAACCUGAGCGGCCCCCGGCCAAUCUUUCACGCGAGGAUUGUUUCCCUUGUAGGAAAUCCGUUGUUAACUGACAUCGACUGUGGAGGAAAUCCUCUUGAUGCAGCAGCCUGCUCUUCUGCAAUAGCAGAGCCGCUUGAUCUCCCCGUACUAAAGCCGACAGAUACGGAAGCCAAUUCACAAGUCAUGGAUGAAGACAUUUAUGUCCUUUAUAUCCUUGCACUAUGUAUAGCAAUUGUUUGCUCAGUGACUGCCCUCAUUACUGGAGCUGUCAUGCUAUUUCAGCACUGGCGACAGCGUCAGCAGGUCUUCGCAGUUACAGAUGGUAAUAUUCUUUCAAAUCCUAAAAAUGGCCCAGAAGUUCGUCUUGGUCAUUUGAAGGAGUAUAGGUUUGAGGAGAUCCGAAAGGCUACCGAUAACUUCAGCCGAAGAAACAUUUUGGGAGAGGGGGGAUAUGGAAUAGUAUACAAGGGUUGUUUGCCUGGCGGAACAAUUGUUGCUGUUAAAAGACUGAAGCAUCAUGUUUUGGUUGUUGAGGAUGAUCAAUUCCACACAGAGGUUGAAGUGAUAAGCUUGGUUGUUCAUCGCAAUCUCCUUCAUCUUAUUGGGUUCUGUUCCACAAAUGAUGAAAGGCUCCUUGUGUAUCCUUACAUGACAAAUGGAACUGUUGCUUCUAAAUUGAAAGAACGUGUCAAUGGGGAACCAACCUUAGACUGGCCAAGGAGAAAGAGGAUAGCACUUGGCGCGGCACAGGGACUGCUCUAUUUGCAUGAGCAGUGUGAUCCUAAGAUAAUCCAUCGUGAUAUAAAAGCUUCCAACAUUCUCCUUGAUGAACAUCUUGAAGCAGUUGUUGCAGAUUUUGGAUUAGCAAAACUUUUGGAUCAUGGAAUGUCUCAUGUUGUCACAGUCGUGCGCGGGACAAUCGGGCGCAUACCACCUGAGUCUUUGGUGACUGGCCACACGUCGGAGAAGACUGACGUUUUUGGCUUCGGACUCUUGCUGAUCGAGUUAGUCACUGGUCGAGCGACGCUGGAGCUUCAUGAGAAUGAGUAUGAGGAUGGAGGAAUUCUUGAUCUGGGCAAGGAACUCCUCGAGCAAAAUCAGCUAACCUCGUUUGUGGACAAGAAGCUGACAAACAACUAUGACAGUGCCGAAUUGGAGGAGAUGGUUCAGAUAGCGUUGCUCUGCACAAUGUACAACCCUGACCACCGCCCCAGGAUGUCUGAAGUCGUUAGGAUGCUGGAAGGAGGAGAUGGAGUUGCAGAGAAAUGGGAGGCCUUGAAAGAUGUCGAGGAACCGAACCCCGACUCCCCGGGGUAUCUCUUCCCUCCUAUAGAUUAUGAUGAAGAUCGGAGCAGUUCAAUUGAGUUGCAGGCCGUCGAGCUCUCAGGGCCAAGGUGA